CCGCACGCUUCUCUUUCUUCCUGUCUGGCUGGAAACAUGGCUUCCCGCAAGGAAGGCGCCGGCUCCACCGCCGCCUCUUCCAGUUCCACGGCCGGCGCGGUGGGCAAAGGCAAAGGCAAAGGCGGCUCGGGAGACUCGGCCGUGAAGCAGGUGCAGAUCGACGGCUUGGUAGUGUUGAAGAUAAUUAAACAUUACCAAGAAGAAGGACAAGGAACUGAGGUUGUUCAAGGUGUGCUUUUGGGCCUAGUUGUGGAAGAUCGCCUUGAAAUUACCAACUGCUUUCCCUUCCCUCAGCACACAGAAGACGAUGCGGACUUUGAUGAAGUCCAGUAUCAGAUGGAAAUGAUGCGGAGCCUGCGUCACGUGAACAUCGAUCACCUCCAUGUGGGCUGGUAUCAGUCCACGUACUAUGGCUCAUUUGUCACCCGCGCGCUUCUGGACUCCCAGUUCAGUUACCAGCAUGCCAUUGAAGAGUCUGUCGUUCUCAUUUACGAUCCCAUAAAAACUGCUCAAGGGUCUCUCUCGCUGAAGGCAUACAGACUGACUCCUAAACUGAUGGAAGUUUGUAAAGAGAAGGACUUUUCCCCUGAAGCAUUGAAAAAAGCAAAUAUCACCUUUGAGCACAUGUUUGAAGAAGUGCCGAUUGUAAUUAAAAAUUCUCAUCUGAUCAAUGUCCUGAUGUGGGAGCUUGAGCAGAAGUCAGCUGUGGCAGAUAAACAGGAACUGCUCAGCCUUGCUAGCAGCAACCAUUUGGGGAAGAACCUACAGUUACUGAUGGACCGUGUGGAUGAAAUGAGCCAGGAUAUAGUCAAGUACAACACGUACAUGAGGAACACUAGCAAGCAGCAGCAGCAGAAGCACCAGUAUCAGCAGCGUCGCCAGCAAGAGAAUAUGCAGCGCCAGAGCCGAGGGGAGCCUCCCCUCCCUGAGGAGGACCUGUCCAAACUCUUCAAACCCCCCCAGGCCCCCGCCAGGAUGGAUUCACUACUCAUUGCAGGCCAGAUUAACACUUACUGCCAGAACAUCAAGGAGUUCACUGCCCAAAACUUAGGCAAACUUUUCAUGGCCCAAGCUCUUCAAGAGUACAACAGCUAAGAAAGUGGAAGAUUCCAGAAGGCGUUAACAUGGACUCUUGGGACUACAUCAGGGCCACUUUUGGAAGAGAGGAUUUCUUCAAUACCCCCACUUCUUUAUCUGUAAUGUUUUUGUAGCUAAUAAUGCAAUAAAACCUUGGCUGAUUUA